UAGUUGGAUCAACUCCACAUCAUACGUUUAGAGUUUAGCUCCUGUCGCUGUGUGCUGUACUUAAUUCGUGCAGAACGUACUUUGUUGUGCUUCUUGCUUCAUUUACACUUUUUCUGUGCUUACUUCGUGUUCUGCUGUACCUAGCGCUGCCGGGCUUAAUUAUUGCAAAAUAACUGAAUUAACCCCUUUAGCUUCUAAUUGUGAGAAUUCUCGAGUAUUAGACAACUCUAAGUCGAGACCCUACACCACUCAGGGACUACUUUCAUUUACAUUAUUUCAUUCAAGAUGUCGAUCCAAGAAACAUUGUAUGAUAUCGUCAAUUAUUUCCACAAGGAUAAGACUUUGAACAGGUUGACUGGGAGUUUGAAUCCAAAGUCUUUCUUCUUCAAAUGGAGAAUCACAGAUAUCUUUACAUUAAUAAUUUUGGGAGUUAUUUAUGUAGUGACAUACAAUGACAAACCUUUCGAAAGGCAGUUUUAUGUCAACGACAUCACCAUAAGUCAUCCCUUUGCCGAGAAGGAAAGAGUGUCAGGCAGCCAGUUGUUCUUGUAUGCCUUGUGGUUUCCGCUUACAUUGUUGGUUUCUGUUUCCUUGGUGAUAACCAGACCCAAAUACAAGAUGUACGUGAUGUAUACGUCUGUGAUUGGUCUUUUGCUUUCGGUAGCAACAACUAGUGUGUUCACGGAUAUCAUCAAAAAUCAAAUUGGUAGACACAGACCAGAUUUUUUAGCUAGAUGUGUACCUAAAGACGGCACGCCUAAGAACGUUUUAGUGUAUGCAAAAGAUGUUUGCACCACCGACAACAUGAGCCGUUUAUACGACGGAUUCAGAACAACCCCUUCUGGCCACUCGUCACUCAGUUUUGCUGGGCUCUCGUAUAGUUCCCUUUGGUUGGCUGGUCAGUUGGUGGCUGGGAAUGAUUCUGUAGGAAGCUGGAGAACAAUAAUUAGUUUCAUUCCUACUUUAGGUGCAGCUUUCAUAGCAUUGAGUAGAACACAGGACUACAGACAUCAUUUUGUUGAUGUUUUUAUCGGUAGUUUGAUCGGAUUAGUGGCUGCAUUCUGGUCCUACUACCGGUUGUUCCCUUCGUUAAAGAACAGAAAGAGUUACUAUCCUAUUUUCACCCUCAAAGAACAGCAAGAUGAACUCACGGAAGAAAACAGAUCAAGAUCAAAUCAUCUCCAGCCAACCCACAGCGAUGUCUCAUAUAGUGUAAUUAGCGAUACUGUGUGACUUUCUGUCACACUACAUUACUCUCAAAUAAACCUCAAUUCUAUAAU